CGUGUUCCCUCCCGCAAUGACAAGACCUGCCGGAUCCUUCGUGGAGACAAGGAGGACGUGGUCAUCAUCGAUCGGCUCAAGGCUGCUGUUACGGAGUAGCCGCCGGACCUGCCACCAGGAAAAUUUGUGGCUGACUACCUUUCCCAUGUUCCACCAUCCCGUGCUCCUUCCCCAUCGAUUCCCGCAAUACUUCCUCUUCCUACAGUUUCCCAGCACUCAACUACUACGUCACCCUCCAGAACCGUAA